CCUAAAUGAAGAACCGAGGCUCCGGUGAGGCCUGGGAGUCUGUGUCGCUGACCUUAACUGCUCCCUGUGCCCUGCCCCAGUUCUCCUUGCCACCUGCAGUCCAGCUGCUCUGCUGGGUCCCACCCUCCCAUGUAGCCCAUCUCGUUUACUUUUCCAGGGUUCUGGCUUACUAAGCACUAUCGGGCAAGUGCUGCUGUCUCCAUUUUACAGGUGAGGAAACUGAGGUUGGAGAGUACAGUGACUUAGUGGUAGAGCCAGGGCUGGGAUCCAGGCCAAAUUGGUCUCAUGCCAUCCUCAAAGUUCUAAUUCUUCCCCACCUUCUUAGAAGGAGGAUCCAAUAUUCCAAGGCCUGCUGUCUGCCUGGAGGGAGUGGUUGUGGCCUGGGGCUGAAGAGAUACUCAGGGUUGAGCAAUGGAUGCGGGGGAGAGGGGUUUGCCUUCAUAAACCCUUUUCUCCAUAGGAAAAAUAAAUAAAUUAUAUUUUACAAUGUGUUGCUACAAAGUAUACUAGAGCAUUUUCCUCUAGAAUUUCCUCUUCUUUCUUUUUCCUUCUGAUUUUAAAAGAAAUUAAGGCAUUUUUGUGGGCACCAUGCCCACUUGCCUCAUGGAGAAGCUGGUCUGGGGAGGACCGGAAUGCACUGAAAGAGAAGCCAGACCCCAACCCUGUUUGGCUCCGUAGGGAGACUCACUUCACUGGCUCACAGGACACAGGAGCUGAGUGGACACCUGAGUCCCCCCCGCCCCCAGCUUCCGCCAUGACAGCACAGAGUCAGAAUGGGAAAAAGUGUUUGCAAAUGCUAUAUACCUGGUAGGGGUCGGAUAUCUAGAAUAUAUCAAGAACUCGUACAACCCAAUGAGAAACAACAAAUCCCAAAUUUUUAAAAAGUGGAUCAAGGACUUGAAUAGACAUUUCUCUGUGAAAGAUAUGCAGAUGGCUGACAAGCAUAUGAAAAAUGCUCACCGUCAUUAGGGAAAUGCAUAUCAAAACCACAAGGUGAUACCACUUCAUACCCAUUAGGGUGGUUAUAAAAAAAAAAGGAAGUAAAUAUUGGUGAGAAUGUGGAGAAAUUGGAACCCUCGUCCACUGCCAGUGGGAAUGUAAAAUGCAGCCACUCUGGAAAACAGUUGGGCAGUGCCUCAAAAAGUAGUUACCAUGUGAGUCAGCAAAUAAACUCCUAGAUAAAUAUCCAAGAAUUGAAAACACAAAAAUGUGUAUAUGAAUGUUCAUGGUAACAUUCAUAAUAGCCAAAAAGUGGGAACAACCUAAAUAUCCAUCAUCUGAAUGGAUAUACAAACUAUGAUCUGUUUAUACAAUGGAAUGCUAUUCAGCCAGAAAAAAUGAAGUAUUAACACAUACAAUGUAGAUGAGCCUUGAAAACGUUAUGCCAAGUGAAAGAAACCAGACAGAAAAGGACACAUACUGUGUGAUUCCAUUUAUAUGAAUGUCCAGAAGAGGCAAAUCCAUAGAGACAGAAAGUACAGUAGUGGUUGCUAGAGGGAGGGGGAGUGGGGAGUUACUGUUUUAAUGGGUACAGUUCCUUUGGGAGUGAUGAAAAGGUUCUGGGAUCAGUGAUUUAUGACCAGUGAAAUUUAAGAGGAAGUCUACAGGGGCUUCUAGGAAAGCUCAUGUUUUUCUGAUAAAAGAGACAGAUUGGAUAACACCUCCUUGCCCAUCCCUUCUUCCUACCUUGAUUGAGAACUUUACGCCUGGAGCCACAGCAGCCAUCUUGAUAAAAAGACAAAAAGGCCAAGAGAAUCUCAGAGACAUUGACCCUACUUGACUAAGCCCAUGCCAGCAGCCAUUCUCCUCCAGAAUUCUUAUAAAAAAAAAUAAAACCCUCCUUGUUUAAGAAAAACCCACUGAACUGUACAUUAAUGGUAUGUGUAAGUAUUAUAUCUUAAUAAAAAUACUGUGAGAACUCAUAUGAGAGUAAUGUAGGUAGGGGACCUGUCAGCUGUCAAGGGCUCUACAAUCCUUUAUCUGACUCCAUGUUAUUCCUUUGGAUAAAAGAACUGAGGAGUGAGGGAGGAUGUGGCCUUGCAGAGGGAAGGCAGGGCCAGGGGGCUGUGAUGGGGCUAGAGCCAGACAAAUUGGAGCCACCCUCUUCCCUCCCUGGGUAGGAACAACAGAAGGCCAGAGGGAGGCUCCUGGCACCUGGGGUGCAGGAAUCUCUGGCAUGUGGCCCUGAGCCCAUGUUUCCAGAGAUCACCUUCCCCCUAGGGCUGGGAGGCUGGGUGGGGUGCAAAUUCAGACAUGGGACUCAGGGGUGACCUGGCCGGCAUCUGAGAGUUCAGGGGCCUCUCUUCUCUCAGCUCUGGUGGUGGAACGGACACUGGCCUGCCCCACACCAGAGCCCUGCCCAUCUCCCUCCUAGUGGUGGGCUGGGCUGGGUGGGGAGGGUACACUUACAUUUUCAGGUCUUUCAAGCCCUUGGCCAGUUGGGCAGCCUGACUAACCAGCUCCUCCAGGCCCAGGGUGUUGGGGGAAGGGGUGUGGCCAGAGGCGGCCAGACCAGCCCCAGGCUGUAGAUGUGGAUGUGGAAGAAGGCCCUGUGCUCAGCAGGCCGGAGGCUGUCAUGGGCCUCCCCUGGCUGCUGCUGCUCGUGGUGCUGGUCUGGGUCCAGCCCUGCCGGGGUCUGGCCACAGAGCUCAUCCCCUACACGCCGCAGAUAACAGCCUGGGACCUGGAAGGGAAGGUCACGGCCACCACGUUCUCCCUGGAGCAGCCGCGCUGUGUCCUGGACGGGCACGCCAGUGCUGCCAACACCGUCUGGCUGGUGGUGGCCUUCAGCAACGCCUCCAGGGACUUCCAGAACCCACAGACACUGGCUGAGAUCCCAGCCUCCCCAAGGCUGCUGACCGAUGGUCACUAUAUGACACUGCCCCUGACCCUGGACCAGCUGCCCUGUGAGGACCCAGUGGGUGGCAGCAGGAGAGCCCCUGUGCUUAGGGUGGGCAAUGACACCAGCUGCCUUGCUGACUUUCACCAGCCGCCCUACUGCAACGCCCCCCUCCCCAGCCCCGGACCUUACAGGGUGAAGUUCCUCCUGCUGGACCCCAGGGGCUCACCCCAGGCCGAGACAAGGUGGUCCGACCCCAUCGCUCUCCACCAAGGGAAGUCCCCAGGCUCCAUUGAUACUUGGCCAGGGCGGCGAAACGGUGACAUGAUCGUCAUAACCUCCAUCCUCUCUUCUCUGGCCGGCCUCCUGCUCCUGGCCUUCCUGGCCGCCUCCACCACGCGCUUCUCAAGCCUGUGGUGGCCGGAGGAGGCCCCGGAGCAGCUGCACAUCGGCUCCUUCAUGGGGAAGCGCUACAUGACCCACCACAUCCCACCCAGUGAGGCUGCCACCCUGCCCGUGGGCUGUGAGCCUGGUCUGGAACCCCUGCCCAGCCUCAGCCCCUAGCCUGGCCCAUGUGGCUGGGGCUGGGGCAGUGGGGACAUGGCGGGGACCAGCACACAGUGCAGGUCCGCAGCCCCUGCAACCCAUGCUCCCUCUCCCAUCCUGCUUCCCCACCCUGCCUGAAACCCAACGACUAACAGCCCUGCCUUUGGCUUUCCCAUUUCCCGCUUCUCCAGCCAAUGAGGUUGUAUUUAAGGGAGGGCUGUGGUCAGGCUGGGCAUCCAGCCCCCUCCUCCACUCCUGUCUGCCUCGUAGGAGUGAAUGAGUGAUUGCGAGGAGGUGAUGUGGAGAGACACGUGGAGAGACCCCCAGCUGGAGGCCUGCAGGGGGCCUUGCUCUGCCCUGUGCAGGGGGCUGGGCUGGGCCCAUCAUGGUCUCCCUCUGUCCCUCUGCCCCACCCACCACUCACUCUCACUCCACAAACGUUUACUGAGCACCUGCUGCAUGCCACGCACGGUGUUAGACUGGGGCCCUCACGGUCCUGAUCUUAGGGAGCUGGCUCACUGCUCUGCGCCUCCUGUGACCACGUAUCCUGAUGUGAGCUGUUACUGUUGGGGGGCUAUCACUCCCUCAGACUGUCAGAUACCUUCGGGCUCUCACUCCUCAGACGAUCACUCCAGUGGGCUCUUGGGGGUCCACGAUCACCCAGGAGGACAGGCUUCAGACUCUCCCGCGUCCAUCCAUCCGCCCGCAAGGCCGGUGGUUUCCAUUAUGGCCACAAGAGGGCGCCAGUGCACCGCAGCCGCAGGGUCCCGCGCGUGCGCACUCCUAUGCGCGGCAGCACGUCCCGCGGGAUGUUCAGGAGCCGCAGCCGCUCAGCUGGACUUCAGGACUCCAGGUUUCACCUCGACCUAGCCAGAGAGGUGAGCAGUCACGCUCUCGCUUAAGGAUUUAUGGUGUGUCGUCCAAUCCGCACAGCUGCCACCGUUGUCUAGAUGGAAAAACAGGCACAGUGACCUGCCCGUCGCGCUCUGUCCACUGUCACCCCACCCCGUGUCCCCCCGGCCGCUCCCGGGCCCUCUAGUCUGACUGCGGCUUCCAGCGUGCAGGCGCCCCCGGAGAAGGGCAGCUGGCGGCGGUGGCCAGCGUGGGGUCCCUGCUCUCUGG